AUGCGUUCGAUUGUUUGGAUUUUAGCUGCGACGACAGCCUUGGCUGCCGCUGCCAUUAACGAUGCCGAUGUGCCAGUUGUCAUUCACCUUCCAGCCCAACAGCAUAGGCCAAGAUUCUUGGGACAAGUUGCCCCACCACGCGCUGUGAACACCGUUGUUGCUCCACGAGCUCCAUCUGCCGCCCAAGAAAAGGCUAUCGCUAUUCCACAAGCCCAACAACCAAUUGCCCUUCCACCAGCACCACCAGCAGCUCAACAACCAGUGCUGCCAGUUGCCAAUGGAGACCAAUCGUUUGCUCCAAGACAAGGAGCCGCCGUGCCACCACCACCACCAGUCAACAUCCCAACUGAUGUUCAGAACCAGCUCAUCAAGUUCUUCGGACUUGACUCGUUCGGAAUUCCAGGGCUUACUGGAAACCAUCCAGAAGGAUUCGCUGGAGCCGUCCAGGAGAUGAGAGCCGCCGGAAUUCCAGUUCCAGGAAACCUAGCCGGUAAUGGAGCUCCAGCUGCUGCUGCCGAGGGUGUUAAGACUGUUAACGAUGACGUCCUUGCUCAAGCCAAUCCAAACUUCCAAGAUCAACUCUCCCAAAUCCAAAACGCUGUCAACAACCCAGGACCAUACAAGGGAGGAGCCAAUGUCCCACUUCCAGCUGAGCAACCAGGAGAGAACGGACUCAUCGGACUUCUUUCCAAUUCUAUCAGAAAGGUCAUCAAGGAUACCGGAGUGAGCGACGCUCUUUCCAACUCUAUUCCAAACCUUCUCGGAUCCGGAUCUGGAGCUGACUCCUCAUCUGCCCCAGCCUCAUCUUCCAAUAUCCGUCGCGCUCCAGCUUCCUCUGCUUCCCACGAUGACGUCCCACAAGUCGCCACCGCCGCUGGAUCCUCCUCCAACAUCCGUAGACAACCAUCCGCCGCUCAAAGAGCCAUCUCUGGAUUCGCUGCCGCUCUCGGAGGAGGAGGCAACAACUCGCCAACUCACGCCGGACUUCCAAGAAUCCCAGGAAUCCCACUCCUUCCAGGAGGAAUCCCACGAAACUCUCAAGGACAAAUCGACAUUGUCAGUUUGAUCGGAUCCGUCACCAAGCGUGUGUCUAACGGAACCACUUUGGCCGAGCUUCUUCCACCAGAGAGACUCCAAACCCUUGCUGACAACGUCACCGACGCCCUUCUCCCAGAGACUCCAAAUGUUGACUUGUCCAAGUUCAUGGGAAGAUGGUUCGAGGGAAUUAACUCGCCAAGAGCCACCGAGCAAAGAUGCGUUGUUCACCAUUACGGAGGACUCACCCGCAACGACAAGACCGCCACUUUCACCGCCCUUAAGGUUUACAGAGAAGGAUCUGAAUUCGGACCAGUCAAGUACUCUAUCGGAUACGCCUUCCGCGGAGGAAACAAGGACGCCAUGCUCCAACUCCACUCUUCCGAAACCAGCGAUGCCCAACCAUUCUGGAUCUACAAGCUCGGACCAGAGGGCAAGAACUCAUUCGGAGACUCCCAAUACGAGUACGCUAUCAUCUCGAACUGGGUGAAAUAUCCAGUGACUGUUUUGGUUCGCGAUCCUGACACUUUCAAGGCCAAGUACCAAAAGGAGGUAGGAUAUUAUUUUAAAAAGCUUGAUAUAUUCUCAAAAUACGAAUUCCAGGUUCUCCGCUGGCUCGAGGAUCAAGGGUUCAUCAACGGGUUCAUCAGAGCGUUCAACCUUCUCCAACCAGCCGGAUACUCUAGCUGUCAAUACGCUGACUCCACAUUCGAGGUGUUCGGAAAGUAA